GCCCUCCGCGGCGCGACUCGGCGGCCCCGGGGCCGAUGCUCGGCUCCUCGCAGCAGGACGCAGCCGCCGGGCCGGGCGUGAGAGCUGCCGCCGCUCCGCGCCGCCUCCCGCCCCGUGUCCCCGCCCGAAAGCCGAUGCCGCCGCUGGAGCGGCCCUUGCCCGGGCCGCGGGCGUAGCGGUGGGCGCUGCCAGCGCCGCUCCCGACGAGGAGGCGGGCGCCCGCCGCCCACCGGCCGCGGAUCAGGAGACCAAGGGCCGGCCCCGAGGAGCUGCCGCCGCUUCCCGCCCCCUCAGGCGAGGGGCAGGAGACCCAGACCCGCCCUGCCCGCCGCAGCCGCUCCGGGCCCGCGCUGCCGCACCAUGAAGAUCAAGGAUGCCAAGAAGCCGUCUUUCCCAUGGUUUGGCAUGGACAUUGGGGGAACUUUGGUGAAACUUGCCUAUUUUGAACCUGUUGAUAUCACUGCAGAGGAGGAGCAGGAGGAAGUUGAAAGCUUGAAGAGCAUCCGCAAAUACCUGACUUCUAACGUAGCCUAUGGAUCCACUGGCAUUCGAGAUGUCCACCUAGAGCUGAAAGACUUAACAAUUUUUGAUCGAAGGGGAAACUUGCACUUUAUCCGAUUCCCAACUCAUGAUUUGCCUACUUUUAUCCAAAUGGGAAGAAAUAAGAACUUCUCAACACUACAUACGGUGCUCUGUGCCACCGGCGGUGGUGCUUACAAGUUUGAAGAAGACUUUCGCACAAUUGGAAACCUCCAGCUGCACAAACUGGAUGAGCUUGACUGCCUUGUCAAAGGCUUAUUGUAUAUAGACUCUGUCAGCUUCAACGGCCAGGCAGAGUGCUAUUAUUUUGAAAAUGCCUCAGAUCCUGAGAGAUGCCAAAAGAUGCCUUUUAAUCUGGAUGAUCCAUAUCCACUGCUGGUUGUUAACAUUGGGUCAGGAGUCAGCAUUUUAUCAGUCCAUUCCAAAGACAACUAUAAAAGAGUAACUGGAACAAGUCUAGGUGGAGGGACCUUUCUUGGUUUAUGCAGUUUGUUGACGGGCUGUGAAAGUUUUGAAGAAGCUCUGGAAAUGGCAUCCAAAGGAGACAGCACACACGCUGACAAGCUGGUUCGAGAUAUUUAUGGAGGAGACUAUGAAAGAUUUGGCUUGCCAGGAUGGGCUGUAGCAUCCAGUUUUGGGAAUAUGAUCUACAAAGAGAAGAGAGAGUCUGUUAGUAAGGAAGAUCUUGCGAGAGCCAUACUGGUCACCAUCACCAAUAACAUCGGCUCCAUUGCCCGGAUGUGUGCAGUAAAUGAGAAAAUAAACAGAGUUGUGUUUGUUGGCAAUUUUUUACGUGUGAAUACUUUGUCAAUGAAGCUUCUUGCAUAUGCACUGGAUUACUGGUCGAAGGGCCAGCUGAAGGCCUUGUUUCUAGAACAUGAGGGCUACUUCGGAGCGGUCGGUGCUCUUCUCGGGCUGCCAAACUUCAGUUGAGAUACCGGAGGUCACUACACUGAACUAUUUUCCACCUGCAUGACACUUGUUUAUGGCAAUGGGAGCUAAAUCUGGAGAGGGGAGAAGAAAAUAGCACGUUUUCUGUGACUGUUUCUAAGAAGUGAUGAGCUACUGAAUAUUGCUGUUAUAAGGAAGGGGUUUCCACUUUGUUGGGCAUUGAAAAGUGAAAUAUUUUGGGAUAUCAUUUGUUUUUUGGUACAUGUAGCCGAUAUUGAACUUUUAAUAUGCAAUACAUCCUCUGAUAACAAGCUUCCAGAAGAAGGAAUGCUGAUCCUUUAAGCACUCAGUGUGAAGAUAUUGCAGAUUUACUCCUGAGGCUUCAGGCCUGCCAGUUUUCUAUAUAAUUAGUGAAUGAAAAAUUACUUUCAUUAGUUAUACUGUAUUAUGAGCACAAUUUCCCAUGUGUACUCACAGAAAACAACUUUAAAAACGGUAAGGUACUAUCUACAAAAUGAAGAAACUGUAGGUAAUUGCUUCUCACAGUUACAAUAGUAAUUAUUUUUAUGUGUAAUAAAUAAUAUGCUUUAACUUUCAGUGGGAAGAAUAGUGGUAACAAACAAAACUCAGCCAAAGCAGCAGAUCAAGUAGUCGAUGUUUUGAAGGUUUUGUGAAGAUAUUCACUUGCCUUCUUCAUUUAUUUGAAGAUGCAUCUGCUAUUUUGGGAAGAUCCCCUCUGUCUUGGGUCAGAUUUGGAAAAUAAUGUCAUGAUUAAUGAAGGUUGAUUUUGGGUGUGUGGGGUUUCAUUUUUAUUUGUUGUUUUUUCGGAGGACAAGACUUCCAGAAUGCCUUCUGGGUUUUUUUGGUCUAUCUUAUAAAUUCUGGCAUCAUGCAUUGUUCUUCAUAGAGGUACCACAAAGCCUGAGAGAACUGAGGAAAUCCUUAUAAAAUAGACUAAAUACGGGACCUCAUAAUUCUGAUGCUUUGGCUCAUUUCUGUGGAGGUUUGGCAACUUUCUGCCCCAUCCUGCUAAUUGGAAAACGUGAUUUCUUCUUAAUUUUAGGAGAGCAAAUCAGAAUCUAAUUGUAUGUUGAAAAUGGAAGGUCGUUAGCUUGCUUUUGUAUGUGGAAGCUUUUGAAAGCUGAGAACAGCAUCAGAGUUUGUAUUGCAGCACCAAACGGACCAAUUUUAGUGCACUUGCAAUAUGGAACCGUUCAUCAAAUUGUGGCCUUGGGAUAAACUCCGUACUCUGGAACUGAUCUCUGCAGUUUUCUGUAUACUUUUAAACUUUACAGUUGUGAUUAUUGUAAUAAGUUUAGUCCUGAAGCCAGGGCAUGAGAUCUUAAACUUGUAAGAAUAUUACACAGUCAUUAGUUGUAUGACUCUGGACUAAAGAGCUACCUAAUUUUCUGAUAUCAUUUUAAUGUUAAAUAUUUUUCCUGUAAGUGCAUGAAGAGCAGCCAGACUAGAACACAUCCCUAUGGUGGGUUUUAGGGUGUUUUUAAAACUAAUUGCUCCAGUAUUGCACAGCACGGCUGUGUUGUAUUCACAGACACAUCCACCUAGUGCAUUAGAAACCUCUGUGUGCUAUUUUCAAUCUUUCUUUUCUUAAAACUGAAAGCCCCAUACCAACACGAUAUUUUUGAGGGUUGUUGGUUGGUUGGUUUGGGGUGUUUUUGAUAAGUCUGUGGUCCUUUACAAGUACAUUAACUUAGAGUAGCCAAUUCAUUAAGCCCAAUGCUAAUUGCAAACGCAGUUCCAUUUAUUGUUGCAUUUCCCUUAGGCUUGCUUUGGUGUUUCAUUGUAGACAUUAAAAAAAAAGAAACAAAAAUUACACUUACAGUUCAACUGAUCUGCUGCUAAAUCAGAGCACUUCAGAAAAUAAGCAAAUACGAUUUUUAUAGAAUGCCCCUAUAAAUGCUGUAUACCGUUCCUUUUAAGUUACAAUUGACUAUAGGAAGUAACCUUUAUUUGGUUAUAAAACUUUGUAAAAACUUAAUUUUCUAAAUGUUUUGACAGCCUCCUGAAAAUUUUGUGAACCAAAUGUGUCUUUUUUUCCUUGCUAAAUGAAGUAAUUUAAUACCCAUACUCCAGCUUUAUUAGAAACAGUUCCUUUAGACCAGACUUACUGCUGCUUCUCAUUUUUUGAUACUGAAAGAGCUGCUCUUGAAGCAGUGGUUAGAAGUCACUUAUAUAUUUAACCAGAAGCACAUGUGGAAGGUGAUUACCUAAUGACCAUGGUUAAUUUAAACUAUUUGAAGUUGAUGUGACCUAAGAUACAUUUUUAAAGCAAAUUGCACAGUUACAGAAUAAAUCAAUGGAGUAAUUUU